AUGGAGCAGGCCUGCGCUCCGAAGUCUGGGACAACUGGAACUGGAGGAACAACCGGCACUGGUGGAACAACCGGCACUGGUGGAACAACCGGCACUGGUGGAACAACCGGUACCACUGGUACUGGAGGAGGGGCAACUGGUACUGGUGGAACAACCGGUACCACUGGUACUGGAGGAGGGACAGCUGGUACUACCACUGGUGGGCGAAAACGUGAAGUCGAGCAUGCACAGGCUAUUGUCGUUACUAAAGCCAACUUCAAUCCGAAAAUGAAUCCAAUCUACAUGAGUGCCGUCGGAUACACGAUUGAGCAGCAUGCGUACGAACGCGGUCUCAUCCACAACCACGACAUGAUUCACGAGGAAGCAAUGAACAUAGGCGGCAAAUUCGCCGUGGUCUUCACCAUUCUUGAUGUGGACUGUGACCAGAAAAUUCCAAAGAUAUCUCCAGUCGGGGCCAUCUAA